AUGGAGUUUUCCUUUCGUUUUACUCUUCCGGUAUGUGGCGUUAUAAAAGAUGCGACCAUCGAUGCUAGUGGCAUCAGUAUUAACACAACGUUUCACACUACAUCAACCAACAUGAAGUUCUUCAUUGCAAUCAUGGCUGUAGCGUUCGUCGCUGCAUCUGAGGCAUCUUACCAGCCAUACGGUGACGAUUUGUCCUACCAGGGAUAUGGCUAUGGACUUCCUCUGUCCAAGGUAGUCGUGGGCUCUUCGUACGGGUACGGUCUGCCAGCAGCUGUGGACAAGUACUCCUACCCAUCGUAUUACAGUUCCUAUCCGGCCGUGAAGAAUGUGGUCGAAUAUCCGUCGGUAGCUCCGGUGCUGGCCACUAAGGUCGUUGAUAACAGCUACGGACUGGGAUACACCAAGGUAGUUGAUAACAGCUACGGACUGGGAUACAACAAGCUGGUGUCUCCGGUGCUUUCCAGCGGAUACGGUCUCGGAUACAACAAGCUGGUGUCUCCGGAUCUUUCCAGCGGAUACGGUCUCGGAUACAACAAGCUGGUCUCCCCAGUCGUCGCCACCAAAGUCGUAGAUAAUGGUCUGUGGAACUAUGGCAGUUACGGACUGGGAUACAACAAGUACCUGUCGGCCGCUCCAGUUGCCAAAUAUGUGUUGUAAAUGUGUAAAUAAUAUUGUUUUAAUAAACCGGCUCCGACUCCGAUCUAUGACGUAUGAAUGUUAACUCAAGCCUUGUUUCCUCGUUCUCUUUGUCUGAUCGUUCGUCGUGCAUUUUGGAGAAGUGUG